UGUCUUGUGUGGUUAAGGAGAGGUUUUGUCAGGAGAGACAUGUUACAUAUUCUUUCUGCACAGAACUUCAGCAGUAGGUCAUUUGCUCAGUUGUUUGCAGGGGAUUUCAAGGACUUAACAGGGAGUAACAAAUGCCUACAGUAGAUACUCUUAGACUCAGUUGUCUACUUACGUAGUACAGAGACGUCAUGUGUGCAGCGUAGCCAGUGUAAGGAAAACCAAGGAAGAUGAACAUGUGAGUGUGUUCUGCUCUUGUGGAAACGGCCCUCACACUUCACAAAAUUCUGCACUGUUGCGUGUGAAGCAGAACAACAGCUGCUCUGCCUUGUCUCACUUGGUAUAGCCUUUUGCAUUUCCCUGACAAGGAAAAAGAGACAGUGUCUCCAAAGGUUCGAAUGCAUUUGUCAAUGGAUACCCUGGGAAUAGUGGAUGAUAGUUGCCUAGACAACUAUGACAUGGCAAAAGGUGCUGGAUCCAGUGCCGGAGGCAGGGUUCACAGUAUCGAUGUCAUACUGGGAUUCACUAAAGACCAGGAUCCUUUACUCCAUUCAGCAGAAGGUGAUGACAGCCAAAAAGCAAAUGGAGCAAACCCUCAGAACCCUGGAAAGACCAUCCCAUCGGACCCCUAUGCUCACCUACCAGACUUAUGUGACAGCUCCCAAAAUUCUUCCUACCACGAAUCUGACAUUUUCUCUGGAGACAAAUGUGAUGAAGAAAUGAUGAACCUGCAAAAGGAAGCAGAUGAUGCUGAGAGAUCUCCAGAGACUUCUAAGGAUGAAGACCAUGCUAAAAAGAAACACAGAAGAAACCGGACCACUUUCACCACCUACCAGCUUCAUGAGCUGGAGCGAGCCUUCGAGAAAUCCCACUAUCCAGAUGUCUACAGCCGUGAAGAGUUGGCAAUGAAAGUCAACUUGCCUGAGGUUCGAGUUCAGGUAUGGUUCCAGAAUCGAAGGGCAAAGUGGAGACGUCAAGAAAAAAUGGACACCAACACCAUGAAGCUCCAUGAUUCCCCCAUGCUAUCCUUCAACCGCCCACCGAUGACUCCAAACGUGGGGCCAGUAGCCAAUCCAAUGCCACUAGAUCCCUGGCUGACCUCGCCUAUUUCCAGUGCCACACCCAUGCACGCCAUUCCAGGUUUCAUGGGUUCAUCUCAGAGCCUGCAACCUACCUAUCCAAGUCACAGCUUCCUUAACACUCCGCCUGGCAUGGUCCAAGGUAUACAGUCCCACAUGGGGCCACCUCCAUAUCAGUGUCCUCCCAGCUUCAGUGACAAAUACCCAGCGGAGGAUGACAGGAGCUCAAGCAUUGCAGCACUCAGGAUGAAGGCCAAAGAGCACAUUCAGUCAAUGGAUAAAACCUGGCAGCACAUGUGAUCUGAAGCAAAUUUGUUUUAGCUGGUCCUGUUAAUGUUUACCGUGUUUGAUUCAUGUCCCAAUGAAGAAAAUACAUACCAAAGAAAAAUUCAUUUUAUCAAUAUUAUCUCCAACAAGAACUUCUAGUCAUUUUAAAAAUUCACUUUAAAAUGUAUUUAACUUUCAGCAAACCUUGUUUUAGACACAGAAAAUACAGUUACAUUCCUGCCAGGUUCUUUGUUAUGGGUUAGCUGGAAAUAUUUGGACACGCUCCUGUUUGACGUUUGCAAUCAUUAAUUUUGUAAACCUUUUGUAAAACCCAUACUACAGUACUGACAAACUAAAAUACCCCAUAGAGAUGCUGCAUAGAGGCUUGUUGUCAGAAGUAGCAAUGUUUUUGUAUGGUAUUAUUACUUAAUGAACAAUUUAUACUGGAGAUUUUAUA